AUGAUCGCUUUGUACCUGCACUCUGAGCUCUCUCCCAAUUUCCCGGCACUCCCGGGCCGGCCCCUCCCUCCGCACCGGCUUGCACCUCUCCCCAGCCGGGUGCACCUGAGGCUGGCGCGAGCUGGGGACGCGUGCGGAGCUCCGCGGGCGCGGCGGAGGCAGAGGCGCGCUGGCUGCCACCUCCAGCCCGCGCCUGGGGGACAGCACGCGCGGCGCUUCAGGGACCGUUCUCCACGGCCGCCACUCCCGCCUCGUGGCGACCACCGCUGCAGCUGCGGGCGGGCAGCCGUGAGCCCCCGGGCCGGGCAUAGCCAGCCCGGCGGCUGCUCUUCCCAGAUGCCAGGGCCGGGGCGCCGGGCGGCCGUCAGCAGAAGGAUGAAGGGCUCGGUGGGAGGAAGGAGAGAAAAGCUACAGGGGGCGCCGAAAGCUCAGCCCGGCCACGAUUUCACGUGUGCACAAGAUGGAGAGAGUGAGGCAGAGUUUUUACCUGAUGACUUUGAAGAAAAAACAGAAAGAGAAAAGAAACAUGCCAAUUUCACUUUGUGCAACGUGUGUAACAUUCAGCUGAAUUCGGCCACUCAAGCACAAAUCCACUACAAUGGCAAAUCACAUCAAAAGAGAUUAAAACAACUCAGCAAUGGGAUGCUGAAAAAUGACAAUGAAAAUCAGGAUAGCAAAUUCACAUCACCCAUCACAACCACAGCUUCUGGAGUCAGACUGCUGGAACCCAGCACUCGGUCUGCAACACAUUAUUUGAUGUUUGGUGAGUUAAUUAGACACUCUGAGCUUCAGUUAUCUUAUCCAUAA